UCGAGACUUACUGGUCGACUGGUUUAAGUGUAGAUUGGGUACUCUGUUGAAGGCUUUUUUUUUUGCAUACUUCCGAGCUGUUUCGAGCUAAUGGCUCGUCGUCGUCGAAGCAAACCUGGGUCGGAUCUAAUAAGUCAACUACCGGAAGAUUUGAAGCACAAAAUAUUGGAGCGUUUAGACACUAGAAGCGCAGCCAAAACUGCUCUUUUCUCCAGGCAAUGGAAGGAUGUUUGGUUGCGGCACGGUCAGCUUGUCUUUGGUUGGGAAGAUUGCCCAAAUGGAGGCCGUGAUGAGGAUGAUUUCAAGUUUUUAGUGAAAACGAUAACUAACGUUCUCCUGCUCCGUACUGGGCCAGUUAAGAUUUUCUCCUUCUCAAUUUAUAGAAAGUUCAAUACUCCUGAACAAUCUGAUCUUGAUGGUUUGUGUCUAUUUCUAUCAAAAAAUGGUAUCGAGCAACUUCACCUAAGUAUUCUUCCUCAUCCAGACAGUGAGAAGCUCACGAUACCGGCUUGCAUAUUUUCCUGCCCGACAAUAAAGAGACUGUAUGUUGAUGCUAUUGAUUUUUAUGGUCCGGUUUGUGCUCCACAUGGUAGUAUAUUAUCUGGUGUGACCUCUAUUAUUUUCACUGAAGUUGAGUUUAAGGCUAAGGCCAGUGGAACUCUCCCGGUUAACAUUCCUAAUCUUGAGGAGCUCAGUCUAUGUUGGUGUCAUCGGAUAGAUAAUUUUGUGUUCAGUGCUCCGAAACUUAAAAGCCUCAUAGUUGUUUAUGCUAAUUCCUCUAUUGAAUUGAAAUGGUUUGAACUUCAUCUCUUAGGGAUUAAAAACCUUUCUCUGACGAUAGACUCAGUUUUGGUGAGAGCCUUACCUUUCAUUUGUGAAUAAUGUUGCAAAAUCUAUUUUUUUUUCUCUUUGUUGUUAUUGUUCUUGUUUUAUUCAAGGUUAACAUUUGUUUUUACCUUAUGAAGGUUAAACCUGAAAAAAAUAUCCAAGAGUGGUUCCCAACUGCAAUGAAUCUGCAAGUGAUUAAGCUACAUGGUUUUGCUUUUCUCUGCCAGAAGCACAUUGUUCUUGUCAUUCAAUUGCUUAAAAAAUGUCCAAACCUACUUGAACUAGGAAUUGAGAUUAAACCUAAGUCACAGGUCUCAUAUGAAGAAGAAGAAGAAGAAGCUGAUUUCCCUGAUUUGAGUAUACCGAAAGAUCCAAACAGAUGGUUUGAUGAUCAGGAUCUGCGCAAGCUUAAAUCGGUGAAGAUGCAAUCAUUUAAUGGAUCAAGAGAGGAAGUGGCCUUUAUUAAAACAAUCCUUUCAAGAGCUCCUGCGCUUGAAGAAAUUAUUAUUAAAGAAUCGGUUGAUAUCGACGCCUCUCUAGCUUCCAAAUUCAGACGGAAGAUGACCACCUUUGCCCGUGCAUCUUCAAAAGCAGAAGUUAUCUUUACAGACACCAAAUAUCUUGUCUCCAGCCUGAAAAGUUUAUUCCCUAAUUUUUAGACAUUUGAAUCAGUUUAUAAGGUGCACUGUCAUGGGUUGUGCUUGUAUAUGUAACACAAGAUUAUCAAUCACAUGUUUUCUCGGAUAAUUGGUGCCUUUGUGGUUUUUACUUUUAUUUUGUGCUCCA